ACUCUAUAUAACGCAGGUGUAUACACUAUACAGUCGAGGCGCCAACAAACAUAUGAUUUUGAUAAUAAGUACACAAUGGAUGCAGCGCUCAAGUAUGACAGCUGUACCUAAUUUAGGAGUAUGCAAUCACAAAUUCACAAAGAGGCGUUUCAAGCGGGGAACGAGUGGACCGUGGACCUACUUGAAUAAUAAUAUUAUCAUGUCAUGACUAUAUGGUAUAAGCAAGUAUGGGGUUCGGGCCUAAUGAUAGUAAACAGUAGGAUAGGUAAUUGUGUAUCGUGCGUGACAGUGGGUCGUCUGUUCUUGCAGGUCUGCAUCAGGACUGUUACAAUAGGUGCACAACGUAGCGUAAGCAAAGUGUCUGCACACUUGGAUUAUGGUUGGGAGCAGUAGAGCGGCGCUGCACAGUUAAUUCAGAUGUUAAUCUAUGAAUUUUGGAGUCUUCAAUCGCGUUAAUCUUAAGGACUUGGGAGACAACAUGUACUCAGAGUGGGCAUCUCUGAGUAUACUGAUCCAGCAAGGGUCAGAGGACAGUCAAAGUGUUCUUGAAAAAUUUGCUCCUGGCGUUGGCAGAGAGGUGACGCUUUCAAUAGUACGUCAACUAGCCACAAAUCUAGGAAUCGCUCAAGCUGCUGAACCAAGUCCCUUGAAUACAGAUAAGGAAGUUCGAUGGUGUAUGGAAGUAAUCUGCUUUGGACUCUCAUUACCUCUGACUGAGCACGACACCGUCAGAGAUUGUGUCAAUGUGUACUGCGAGUGGCUUUCUGCAUUGUACACUUCACCCAAAAUUUCUGUGCCUAAACCUAUAGCCGAUGAUCCCAACUACUAUGCGAGAAAAAUCAUUGGUCACUUCCACAAUCUUUUUGUACCUAGGAAAGGAGAAGUCUGGCCAUUUUUAUACCAGGAUUUGGGAGCUGAUACAAUCAACAAACAAGCAGUAUUAUGUCACAGAGUAUUAAGAACAUUACAGCAAGUUGCUAGGAUAUCUGCAAACUUAGAAAGAGAAACAUGGGAAAGUUUGUUAUUGUUUUUAAUUGGCAUUAAUGAUGCUCUCCUGGCACCACCAGCAAUAAGAGAAGACACUGGCGAGCAAUUAUGUGAGCGAGUAUUGGGAGUGCUGUUGGAGGUUUGGUUAGUAGCAUGCGAGCGAAAUUUCCCAUCUCCACCCUUGUGGAGGACUCUACGCGAAUCCUGUCUUCGUUGGCGCCAUCGAUUAUCUUUGAUAGAACAAUGGAAUCGAGUUUGCUUGGCUCUUACAGCACGACUUUUACAUAUUAUGUACGGGCCAAUGUUUCCAGAGUUAAAAAUUAGUGAAGAAGAUUCUCAAUUGGUAUCCAGUACAAUGUCCAACGAAGCUGUUGCGCAGGCAUGGUAUAGGCUUUUACGUACAAUUGGAGACCCCGUCGAUUUGUGCCGUCCAGCCGUCAUUUCGCAGACGCAGGCGUUCCUAAGAUACGCCAUUGCCAGUCCUAAUGUUGUUGAUCCCUGUCAACAUCCAUGUUUACAACAAUUACCCUACAUAUUUCUUAAAGCAAUAAAGGGUAUUGCCGGACAGGUCGACGCGUUUUUAGGUAUCGCACAGGCCUGCUGCUGGGAGGAGUGUUGCGUGACGAGUCUGGGAAUCAGCGGCGGUGGAGGCAGUUCUAGUAUUGGCCUCACCGCUAGUACCGUUGGCUUGACGAGCAUCAGCGGUGACAGAAUCAUGAAGGAUCAACCACAUCCUUCACCUACACCUCCCACGCAGCGCAGGCUUGCCAAGAGCUUCAGUGUGACGCCCUCCGCUGUCACUAAGGGAAUACCUAAGGCAUCUCUAAUAGGACUAACAACUAGCAGAGUUACCAGUACACCGCUGAUGAGUACCAAUUCUGGUCCGUCAUCUACUUCCAGCACAACUUCUAUGGUAUCAUUAAAUCAAGAUGCUAGACCACCUUUAGCAUCAGGACGGCCAAAGUGCAAUAGUAUACUUCAUCUGUUUGGUGAGUGGCUUUUUGAAGCUGCAUUUAUAGGUACCGACGGCUGGUCGCAAAAUCUACCACAACCAAAUAAUGCCCCUAAACGUCCAUCUUCAGUACUCGUUGAUGGUCCCAGUUCUCUACAAGAAAAUAUUGGAGAAGUUCCACCUUCUCUCAGCAUAGACCGUUACGAAUCUGGAAGAGCAGAAGCCAUGGGUACUCUUUGUAGAAUAUUUUGCGCCAAAAAGACUGGAGAGGAAAUUUUACCAGCUUAUUUGGCCAGGUUUUAUCAAGCGAUGAACCAUGGUCUCAAAGUUAACAGGUUUUCCGAUGUGAGAGAAUGCGGCGAAACUCUGGCGAGUAUUUUAUCCAACUCGGCAGAUCUUUUUCGGCUUGAUUUGGAUGGCGUACAGGUUUUAGUACCAGCAGUACUUUCUGCUUUGGAAGUUGUGCUUCCAGAAAAAGAUUUAAGACUUAAAUCGAACGCGGUUUCAAAAGUAGAAUUACGAAGAUCUUCCAUCCAUUUGUUACUGUCCAUGUUAUCACUACCGUUACAUUUCCAGAAUCUUCAAAUCAAAGAAAUACCAACUGCUUCUUUGAUCAACCAUGAAAAGAUUCCUAUUACGUUUGCACAGUUGAAACCAAAAUUGAUGAACUUGUUGAUAAAUGCUUUGCAAGUGGAAGUUGAUCCACAAAAUACUCAUAUGCUUUUAGGUGGCUUGUUAUUGAGUGUGCAAGAUUCAGCAGCGGCUGAAGAAGCAGAGCAAGUUACACAACCUGAUAGUACAAUUUCGAAUGAGUCGACCACUAAUUUACUUUCAUCUGUCUGCACCAGCGAUACGACCAGUCAGAUAAGCAUUUCCAGUGACCUGCGCUCUCUAGGCGAUGCAUCCGAUAUUGCUAUGCUCCAAGAAGAAAGCAUUUCCUUCGAUUCGGCACAUGCACUAUUUGUGCGGGCAACGUACUUGGUUUGCCAUCGGCUGAUAUCGUCUUGGAAAACGGAUUUGAAUAUUUCACUGGCGGCUCUCGAGAUGCUCUCCGGGUUGGCGAGGACGCGUAUUCGCGAAACAGCCAGGAAGCUUACAGAUGCCCUGGAGUGUAAGAGAGCAGUGAAGUGGCUGUGUGACUAUAUAGCUUAUCAAUGUUGGCGACCGCCGCCAGCACAUUCCAAAGAUCUUCAUUCGUCCAUCGUUGCUGCCUUUGCUUGUUUAACCACUUGGUUGACUGCUCAUCCCCAACUUUUGCAAGACAAGGAGUGCUUGGCCACAGUUUUAGAGGUGGUGGAGUUGGGUGUUUCUGGUUCAAAAUCAGUCGGCAAACCUGGCGAGCCGAUUAAAAUGAAGGAUGAAAAGGAGCUAAAGCCGGCAUCGAUGCGCGUAAGAGACGCAGCCGAUGCUUUGCUAACAAUUAUUCUUGAACAGGUUGGCUACUUCCCGAGUGUGUGCGGUGCCGAAUCUCUGUCCUCUCUCCUCGACGAGGUUUCUCUGCUGCGCCACUGUAAUAGUUGGCCUGGCGGACGACAAGUUCCCCGAGAGACGGCCGUCGAGCGAUUCCGCUACUUUGUCGCAGAUAACGCAACCAUGCUGGCACUUUUGGAAGAGCCUCUGGGCAACGACCAAGACCCUCAGCCAACCGUCACGGUGUUGAUUCGCGGGCCUUUUGGUCGUCAUGCUUGGACAAUGCAGCUGAGACAUCUGCCUCGACAUCGAUCGAUUGUACGAAGUUCUAAUACGAACCCGGGCAGACCGUUACCUCUGCAAGAAACACAACCUCCAACAGACUACAAACCCAGAUUCUUCCCGGACAACGUGGAUAAAAUACCUCAUUGCAAAGUAGACGAAUCGAUUCCAAGUUUGGAAGCUGUAAUGAACGAGAACGACUUGGUAAAGAAUGAGCAUCAGAUGUUGCACCAAUUGCUCGACUAUGCAAUUGGCAGUGAAGCGAAGUCCAACGAGGAAAACGCAAACCGUGUUGCCUCCGCCAAGAUGAACGAAUGUUCGCCACCCAAGAUAUGCCACGAAUUUCAGACUGCUCGAUUAUUUCUCAGUCAUUUCGGCUUUUUGAAUCUCGAAUCUAAUGCGGCAAAUAACGACCUCAGCAGCGCCGGUAGUGAAGGUCUAACUGCCCUCGAUCCAACCAUAGCUGGUUUCGCAAAUGAUCUUGAGAGUCUGGAUCAUAUCAGUGCUAGAACGUGCGAUACGGUUCACAUUUUUUACGUGAAAUCUGGACAGUCAACACCUGAAGCAAUACUUGCGAACGUGUUAAACGAGAGCAACGUAUCGUCAAAUUUCUUGGAAUUUCUAAACUCGUUGGGCUGGCAAGUCUCAGUCACGUCGCAUGCAGGAUGGACUGGUCACGUUCAGACUUCGUGGCGUUCGACCUCGACUUCCUCUGUAUCUGCAAACGCUCAUGUUGUUCAACCAGCGGACGAGGAGGAACACGGCGGUGCUCUGUACAACGGCAGCAGGCACGUGCUCUAUUGGGCGGAUGUCAGUUCGGAGGUGGCAUUUGUUGUACCGACUUGGGCAGCAAACGUGACAACGUCGGAAACGGCCGACAACAACUUUAGCGAGCCCGCUAAUGUUUGGUUUGAGAGGUGCGUCAGUACAAGUGCUGCUCAGGCGUUCUCGAAUUCGCAUGCAGUUACCGGACAAACUCGCGCAAUGUCAUUGGAUCUGGAAAAACAGUCAGCCAAUAUGGCUUCGUCAGCGGCGGCGGCGCCGAUAGAGCCAAUAAAACCCAGUAGGAGGGCUACCAAGCAUUCGUUCCCGGCGCAGACAGAUACGAAAAUUAUGGUGGUGUGGUUGGAGAGUCUGGAGGACUACGCACAAUUUCCAAUCGCGGGACUAUUGCCCCACACGCACACGGGCUUGGAUCACUCACGUACGGUGCAGGCGUGUGACGUUCAUGUGAUCUACUUACAAGCUCUCGCUAGCGGACUCAUGCGGAUAAAGUUACAAGGCCCGACCUCAAGAAUGAAUUUAGCGACACCGUUAAUCGAUGGGAUGGUCGUUUCGAGAAGAGCUUUGGGCCCUUUGGUUCGCCAAACUGCGCUCAACAUUGGUCGGAGGAAACGUCUAGAUAAUGAUAGUUAUCAUCCGCCGCACGUUCGAAGACGGCUAAGAAUCCAGGAUAUGGUUCAAAAGUACAAGCGCAAUUUACAGCAACCCGAACUUUUGACUCUGUUAUUUAAUAGCACUCAAAUGUAAAAUGAUGUACAUUUAUAUAUAACAAACUGUGAUGUACAAUUCGUUUUAUAAUAAAUUUACAAAAACUUGUUUUUGAAAAAAAA